AUGUAAUGCACAUGGACGGCACCCUCACGAACGCACGCUUGGAAUUGGAGUGCAGCUCAAGUGGACUUGCUUGGAUAUGAGUUAGCGACAGAACCUUCAACAUGGACAGGAAGCACACAUCAUUAGGCGCUCAGGCUGCGCAGCUUCAGAAGUCAAUACAGAACCGCGAGCAGCGGCGAAAUGCGGAGAAGCACCAGCGUCACGAAGCCUUGGAGGCAGCUGGCGAGUACAGCGCGUAUGAUGCCCCCGCCUCCAAGCGCCAGGCGGCGGGCGGCCCCAGCGGCGCCGUGGCCCGGCUGAGCGAGCUCACCGCGCUGGCCAACAGGCCCGCAGAGGUGUUCCGAUGCGACCUGUGCCAGGCCAACUUCCCCAGCCAGGGCCAGCUGCAGCAGCACGUGUCGGGGCCCGUGCACCGCAAGGCGCUGGAGCGGCAGGCGCAGGAGGCGCUGGCGGCGCAGCGGCGAGCGCCGUACCAGCACAUGAUGGAGAGUGCGCUGGGGGCGGCGGCGUGGUCGGCAGGACACGGCGGCGGCGGCGGUGGUGGUGGCGGUGGUGGCGGUGGCGGCAGCCGGCCGGUGCCGGGGCGCGGCGGCCCGGGAGGGCAGCAGGCGGGGGGCGGGCGAGGCGGCGGGCGGGAUGGCGGGCGAGGCGGGCGGGGCGGCCGCGGUGGCGAGGAGGCGCCGGCGGGCCCCCGCACCGACGUGGUCAGCCAUGAGGCGAUGGUGGCCGCCGCCACCAGGAACACGGACGAGCCGCUCACGAUAGACGGCUGGGCCCCACCCACCAUCAUCGCGCCCAAGCCUGCACCGCCAACAUCAACAGCAGCAGCAACGGGAGGAGCAGCAGCGGCGCCGGCCGGCGGGAGCAGCAAAGCAGGGAACGGGGCGGUGGCGGCUACGCCGUGUCAAGCGGGGAAAGAGGGCGCGGACAAGGACGCCGGCGACGACAGCGGCGGCGAGGAUGGACCUGGGCUGCUUGGGCUGGCGUACGGCAGCGGCGACGAGGAGGAGGAGAGGGAGGGCGGGGCCGGUGGGGAACGCGUGCAAGUGGGAAAGCCAGGCCCGGGUGGCGGCGGCAGCAGCAGUGACGAGGAUGAAGAUGAGGACGGGGACGGGGACAAGCCUUUCACAGGCUCGUUCUUUUAGGGACGGCGGCCGGCCGGCAGGUCCGGACGAGGUUCAUGUUGCUAGCCAGCGAGCAUGCGUGGGAGCAUGUGCACUGCCGUCCGGAAUUGCCGCGGCGAGGCCGGCAUAAUUAAAAGGACUGCCCAGUGGCUUCCCUGUGUUGCAAGCAGCCUGACGAAGUCCAAGGGAGCGAGCAGAUGUAAUGUAGGGUGAUGUGAAAGGGUGCGCUUGUAAGACUCAGAACGC